AAACCGUAGCAAACGAACAUAUAUUCGUCCCACCACCUCGACUCCUUUUAUCAACACACACACACACAAGCGUGACUCUCACUAGUUGUCUCGCUUUACCUCAAAAACGCUCUCUCAAAAUGGAGAUUCUCUACCAGGCGGUGGUGCUGGUUAUCUUAUAUGGCCGGAUCACGGCGGCGAUGUGGUGCGUCGUCAGAAGCGAAGCUUCAAGGGAGGCAUUACAGGCGGCACUCGACUACGCCUGUGGUGCUGGAGCCGAUUGCGCACCAAUACAGCAAAAUGGACUGUGUUUUCUUCCGAACACCAUACAAGCUCACGCCUCCUACGCCUUCAACAGCUAUUACAUGCGCAGAUCCAUGGCUGCCGGAUCUUGUGACUUCGCCGGCACCGCCACUAUUGCUAAAACCGAUCCAAGUUAUGGAUCCUGCGUUUAUCCAGCUUCUCCAAGCACUGCGGGAGGAAGUAUACCUACACCCGGAGGAGGAGCCAGUACAACAAUCAAUACUCCUAUUUCAGCCGUUACACCACCACCGCCAUCCACCAUCAUACCGCUUUUUGGGAGUGGCAGAGGGUUUAAUCCGGUUGGCACAGUACCCACAUUGGCUGCAGGGUCAAAUGCUAAAUCUUUAACAAACGCUUCUAUUUCAAGAAUAUUGCUUCUAAACAUAAGCUUUUUAGUGUUCAACAUAUUGAUGUUUUUAUAGCAUAACAUGUCACAUAAGUUAGAGGAUCUAGGACAAUUUUGUUGUAAUAUAUGGAAGUAUAUGUCUGGUAUUGUUUUUAUUUAUCUGUUUGAUCUUGUUCAGUGGUUGGUUUUUGUUGAAAGUUCGUUGAGUUCAAUUCA